AGAGAGAAGCUGACACUGCUGCAACAGGAGUAUUUACAGUAUUUGUCUUCAGAGAGACAACAUAUUUGUACUUAUUGUAGUAGGUAUAGGUGGGAGAAUUGUAUUUGUUGUUAUUGCACUUUUAGUUACUCAUUGUUGUAAUAUUGCCUAUAUGUUGGUAGUUUUUACACCUAUUGUAAUACUAGUACUGUGGCAGAGUGACUAAAUGUAGUUCUAAAAGUAUUUGUAGUAUUAAAUGCUUUACAGUCAACCUAAUUGGCAUAUAGUUACGUUUAAGAACGUAAUAAAUUGUCUGUAAAGUAAAAAAACAGUUGAAUAGAGUAGAAUAUAAGUAGAGUCCAUAAAAAUGCAGAACUACGAGGAGUCAGUGUCGUUCCUGGGGACCUGGGGCCCGUUCCAGAAGAGAGUCUUCUUCCUGCUCUGUUUUACCAUCGUUCCAUGUGGAUACAACCUCCUGUCUGUCAUCUUCCUGCUGGCUAUCCCCCCACACUACUGCCACAUCCCUGCUUACAGCAACCUGAGCCAGGAGUGGAUUCAGGCCAGCAUCCCAGUACAGCAGGUGGCAGGUCAGACGGAGAGGAGCAGUUGCAGCCGGUACGAGCUGGACCUGGUGCGAAACCUGUCUGCACUAGGAACCAGACCCACCCUGGACCUGGUCCACAACCUGUCGGCGCAGGGAUCAAGUCCAGAGGUCCUUGUCUCCAGCCUGAAGCAGGAGGGCUGUAAAGACGGAUGGAUCUACAGUACUGAGUACUACCAGUCCACUGUAGUCAGCGAGUUUAACCUGGUGUGCAGUGACCAGUGGAAACAACCUCUGACCUCUCUUGUCUACUUCCUGGGAGGACUGUUUGGAUGCUUUGUCUCUGGACAGAUCUCUGAUCGGAUUGGCAGGAAGCCUGUACUGUUCGGUGCCAUUACCAUUAUUAGUGUCUUCAGCAGUGCCGUGGCCUUUGCCCCGUCCUGGCCCGUCUUCAUCAUGCUCUUCUUCGUGCUGGGCAUGGGUCAGAUCACCAGCUUCAUAGUUGCGUUUGUACUGGGUUCGGAGAUCCUGAUUGGUUCAACGAGAGUUCUCUUCUCUAGCCUGUGCUUACCUUGCACUUAUGUGUUUAGUAUGAUGCUGCUGCCUGGCACUGCCCACCUGGUUAGGAGCUGGAGAUACCUGUCACUUAUCAUGGCCGUGCCAGGCCUGGCCUGUAUUCCCCUCUGGUGGUUGGUUCCAGAGUCUCCUCGUUGGUUGGUGUCUCGCGACCGUUUGCAGGAAGCAGAACUCCUGCUGAGGUCAGCAGCUCUGGAAAACAGAGUCGAAGCUCCUCAUGUCAUCUUCUUCAAUGUUACAAAAGCAACAAACCAGAAAGGACAGUCCGUCAGCUUCCUGGACCUGCUGAGGACCCCAAACAUUCGACAUAUCACACUUAUGCUGUGGCUCAUGUGGUUUUCUUUGAGCGUAAGCUACUUUGGGCUGUCAUUCAACAUGUCUGGUCUUUAUGGCAACCCCUUCCUGAACUACUUCCUGGUUACUGCUGUUGAGCUCCCAGCGUAUGCUACCAGCUGGCUGACAGUACGCAGUCUGCCUCGCCGGCGGUCAUAUAUCAGCCUUAUUCUGCUGGGAGCACUGGCUGUGCUUCUCAUCCAGAUCCCUCUGCACAGUCAUCCAACACUCACCUUGUGCCUGGUGCUGCUCGGUAAAUUUGGCAUUCUGGCCGGCUUCGGGGUGUUGUACACACUCACUGGUGAGCUGUCUCCCACAGUGAUCAGGAACACAGCAAUGUCGUCCUGUGCCAUGUCCUCCAGAGUUGGGUCCUCUGUUUCCCCAUAUCUGAUGCAGCUGGCUGUAUUUUGUCAGUUCCUGCCGUGGAUCAUUGUGGGUUCUCUGUCACUGCUCAGUGUUCUGCUCUGCGUCUUCCUGCCCGAGACCUUCAAAAAGCCGCUGCCUGACACCAUGCAGCAGAUGGCGCUCACACAACGGUUCAGGUGGCCAUGGGCCUCCACGCCUGCUCCAAAGGAUAGUGAGAAAUCAGCUAAAGACCAGACUAUGGCAUCUGAGAUCAUCUGCGCAACUCACCUAUAAUAUAAUAUCCUGACACUCAAACAAAUGUGGCGACUUGGACAGGACUUGCAGAGGCUCCAGUGAUGCAUUCACUGACAUUUCAUCAAAAGUAACAACAGUUGAUAUUGUCUGUUUAAAUUCUCAGUCAUCCAAGUCAUACUUAUCCAAGGUGGGUUCAAGUCAAGGGCAACUGGACUUGGUUGUACUCAGAACUCUUGAAUGAGAAACAAAACGUCUUCAACCAACCUCAACCAGGUCCAGGCGCCCUUGAUUUUAGGCCACUCGCUAUACAGCAACGACUGUAACAGCGAGACAACUAAUGCAACCAUUGCAAAGCUUCAGUGAAAAUAAGGAGUCAAAGAAUAACUGAUUUGUUUUCAUUAACCAAUGUAAUGGUAGCAAUGCUAGCUGUGGUUGUUCACCUGGUUGAGUGCUCACUACGGCCUAGCUUCGAGUCCGGCCCGAGCCUUUUGCUGUAUGUCAUCCCCUCUCUAUCUCCUGCUCUUUUCUCGUUUCUCUCUAUUGUCACACCAAAAAUAAAAGCAAAAAGUGAAGUCUUUAAACUUUAAAAGGGACAUUUAAAAACCCAGCAGUUAAAUUCACUGUAGGUCUAAUUUACUGUGUUCCCUCUCGUGGAUUGAAACUUGUGUUUAUAAACAUAGCACAAAUGUGACUAACGUUGAAAGCAUACAUAUGAAAGUGCAAAGAAAAAUAAACCAAUAAGGUGAAUGUGAAA